AUGUUGUCUGUUCGAAGGCCCGUUAGCGGAAAGGUCUGCGGGGCGCCCAGCUCCAUGGUCAUGUCAUCUCGACCUCUCAUCUGCGUCGAGACCUUUCUUCAGUCGUGGAAGAUCAAAGCAAGAUUCGUUUCUGAGCCAAGUCGCAGCUUUCACGCUACACCCCAUAGCUCGUAUCGGCUCGCAGAUGGUCAACGUCAGCAAACACACCGCCUCGCUCCGACGUUUCAAGUCAGAUGGAUCUCCUCCCCUUCAGCCUACACAGGUACACGUCCAGGAGAGUCAUACGCGCCGAGCGAACGUGAGCGUCGUGCGCCUGCGAUGGAGGACACAAGUCAAGAUACAGCACACUCGGCACGAACGAGCACGACGGAGCUGAGCAGUACGGAUCCUUUGGAUGUCUAUCUUUCAUUGGUGGAAAGGGGACUCGUCAGAAAGGACGACGAGCAGAUCAGAGUGAUGGUCAAAGUCAGUGCGCAGAUUCGGACGGUUCGUACCCUGCAUGAAAGCUGA